AUGUCUGGUAUUUAUUUAACAGAUCGCCCAGUGAGAAGACCUCCUGCUACAGGGAAUACCCUAUUGAGAAAAAUUCAGAGGGCUUGUAGAAUGUCUUUACUCGAACCUGACUUAGCUCUUAAUUUGGAUAUCGCCGAUUACAUUAAUGAAAAACAGGGGGGGACUAGUUAUGACGCAUGUAAUGCUAUUGUCAAAUUGAUUAAUAAUAGAGAUACUCACACUGCUGUCUUUGCAUUGGCUCUUUUAGAUGUCCUUGUAAAAAACUGUGGAUAUCCUAUCCAUUUGCAAAUCUCCAGAAAAGAAUUUUUAAAUCAAUUGGUUAGAAGGUUCCCUGAAAACCCACCUUUACGUUACUCAAAAGUUCAAAAAUUGAUUUUAACUGCUAUCGAGGAAUGGUACCAAACCAUUUGUAAACAUGCAACUUACAAAGAUGAUUUGAAUUAUAUCAGAGAUAUGAGAAGAUUAUUGAAAUAUAAAGGCUACAUUUUUCCAAGAAUUCAUGCUGAAGAUUUGGCUGUUAUGAGACCCACCGAUCAAUUAAAGACAGCUAGUGAAAUCCAAAAGGAACAAGAAAUCGCUCAAGCCGCUAAAUUGGAGGAAUUAAUUAGAAGUGGUAGACCCGAAGAUCUAAAAGAAGCAAACAAAUUGAUGAAAAUCAUGGCUGGUUUUAAAGAAGACAACCUUAUCCAUGCUAAACAAGCUAUUAAUAACGAAUUAAACAAAUUGAGACGUAAAGCAGAUUUAUUGAAUGAAAUGUUGAAUACAUCUAAUAACGAUGCAGAUUUAACAAAUAAUGAAACUAUUGAAGAACUUUAUGGAUCCUUGAAAGCAGCCCAACCUAAAUUCCAAAAAAUCAUUGAAGAAGAACACGAAGAUGACAAUUUAGUUCAAGAUUUGCUGAAAUUUAAUGAUGUAGUUAAUCAAUUAUUAGAAAAAUACUCUUUAAUUAAAGCUGGUAAUAAGACUGCUGCAUCAAAUAUUAAUCCAGAAUCUAUCUCAACGGAAAACAACUUUAAGACUACUGGGGGAGCUCUGGCUAAUGAAAUAAACUUGAUUGAUUUUGACAAUACUGAUAAUGAUAACGAUAAUACAGCUGUAGAUAAUAUAGCUUCAGCACCUUUCACUAAUACUAUGCAAAUCUCCACUAGUUCUUCAAAUGAUCCACUUGUCGAUUUAUUAGGUGAUUUAUCCCUCUCAAACGAUAAAUCUUCAAAUCAAGAUAGUUUCUUAAACGUUGGUGAAAUUUCCUUAGGAUCUGAACCUAAUUUGUUUAAUAGUAAUAGCAUUAAUAAUAGCAUUAAUAAUACUACCAGUACAACAAACACACUGGAUUUGUUGGGUGAUUUUAGCACGCCAACUAUACAACCAACUUCUCCAACCUCUGAAAGAAUAUUAGUUAACACAGAUUCAAAUAUUAAGAUUGAAUUGGAAAUUAGAAGAGAAUCCGAUUCUGUUAUUAACCUUAAAAUCUUUUUCUCCAAUUUGUCAUUUAGUCAAAUAACUGGUGUAACUUUUGCAUUGGCAGUGCCAAAAUCCAUGCAAUUGAAAUUACAACCUCAAUCCAGCAGCAUUUUGAGUGCUAAUAUUAAAGAUGGUAUUACACAAGAAGCUUGGAUUGAGAAUGCAUUGAUUAAUUCUGCCAAACCACUGAAACUGAAAUGGAAAGUUACUUAUUCUAUAAAUGGUGUUUCACCAAUGGAAAAUACUUCUAUCUUAACAUUACCAAAGAUUUAA